AUGGUGCAGAGUUGGAACUGGGCUGGGGUGUACUGGGCGCUACGGAGUGUGGCAAUGCAGCGCGGGUUGGUGGUGCCCCACUUCCGCGUGCCCGACAUACGCUCGAUCAAUUGGGCCGCCCUCAAGGCCCGCGGCUGCCGGGGCGUGGUCUUCGACAAAGACAACACCCUGACCGCCCCCUAUGCGCCCAGCGUCUUCCCGACCCUCGCCGACGCGUUGCGGCAGUGCCUCGACGUGUUCGGGCGCGAUGGCCUGGUGGUGUUCUCCAACUCGGCGGGGUCGGGCGACGAUGCAGGCUACGAGGAGGCCCACAGGAUCGAGCGCACACUGGGCCUGCCGGUCCUCCGCCACGCACACAAGAAGCCGCUCGGGUUCGACAGUGUCAUGCAGCACUUUGCGGCCCUUUCCUCUCCCUCCUCGUCGCCAUCAACGACUGUCACGGCGCCCUCGCAGCUGGCCAUGGUGGGCGACCGCUACUUCACCGACAUCCUCUUCGGCAACCUGCACGGCAUGCUCACUGUCCACACCUCGCUCCUCACCUCCACCGGCGACCCCGCCGUCGUGAAAGCGAUACGGAACUGGGAGGAGGACUACGUGCUGUGGCUGAUGAAGCAGGGCGUACGACCACCAGCCCAUCCGCUUUAUGACGAGUCCAUUCUCCAUGGCUCCGUUCCGCCCGAGCCACAAGGCCAAUAG